AUGUCCAUUCGAACAGCUUCUUCAUUCUUCAAGGCCUUGAACAAUACAAGGUCAUUGUAUAAUAGCACUACUACUUCUACUUCACCAUUGUUAAGAGCAUCUGGUCAUUAUCGUACAUCUUAUAUUAUAUUCACUACUUCAUCACCAUCAAAGCAACAACAACAACAACAGCUGUCGUUGAGAUCAUACAGUUCAUCAACACAACAACCAUCUUCAUCUUCACCAUCUUCAUCAUCAUCAACACCUAAUAAUAUAACAGAUUCAACAACAGGAGGUGAUCAACAACAACAACAGAACAAUAAGAACGAGAUAGACAUGAGCAACAAGUCACUACUUUUCAGAUUCAUGAAUAACACCUAUGAGUAUCCACCAUGGAGCACAAAGUGGAUACUCGAGAAGGCUUACCAAUGUGUCAUCUUUGGUAUGACUGGUUCAUCAGCAUUGAUCGUUGUUAGAUACCUGUUGAAGAACCUUUGGCAAGUGGAUGGCACUGUGUUUGGAGGACCAUGGCAGUAUACUGCGGCAUACUUCAUUACGAUGUUCUCAUGCUAUCCAUUCGUAUUGCUGUUCUAUGGAACUUUGUUUGGUCGUCAUCAGUUCUUCAAGAAGUUCUUCCUUCGCAUGACUGUCGCCUUCCCCAAGAGGAUCUACAACAUGUUGGCUUCAAAGGGAAAGAAGCAAUAA